AUGAUGGACAUGGACUUAGAGGGGAUCACCUCUGGACCCAACAUCACAAACUGCUCUGCCCCUCCAGGUGGUGGCCUGCAGGCUGUCCGGUUCACUGACAGGACGGCGGUGGUGGUUUUCGUCCUCAGUCUCCUCACCCUCCUCACCGCACUCAUAAACGGUGCCGUCAUCCUCGCCAUCUGCACCACCAAGAAGCUCCAUCUGCCGGCAAACUACCUUAUCUGCUCCCUGGCUGUCACUGACUUCCUUGUGGCGCUCCUUGUCAUGCCUAUCAGCAUCCUGUACAUCACCAUGGAGACGUGGUGGCUGGGUGAGGUGGUGUGUGAGAUGUGGUUGAGUCUGGACAUGACCUGUUGCACCUGCUCAAUCUUGCACUUGUGCGUUAUUGCCCUGGACCGAUACUGGGCCAUAACUAAAGCCAUCGAGUACGCACGCAAGAGGUCAGCUCGCCGCGCCGGCUUCAUGGUGGGAACCGUUUGGGUCAUCUCCAUCUUUAUAUCCAUCCCUCCUUUGUUCUGGAGGCAGAGGCCACGUGAAGGCCGGACCUCCCAGUGCAUCAUUGAGCACGACCACCUGGGAUACACCAUAUACUCCACUUUAGGAGCGUUUUAUAUCCCCAUGAUCAUCAUCCUCAUCCUCUACCAUAGGAUUUACCACGCCGCUAAAACUCUGUACCAGAAGCGUGGCUCGUCUCGGCACCUCAGCAGCCGCAGCAUGGGCAGCCAGAACUCCAUGGACCACUGCAGGGUCUCACACACAUUCUGCAUAUCGGACCUGUCUAACUCAGACCCAACCCUCCCACCUGAGAAACUCAACUCCAACAUCCGCAUCCCGUCAUUUGAGACAGACGUGGACGGGCAGGACGAGAAGAACCAGAUCUGCACCAUACGAGAGAGAAAAGCGGCGAGGAUCCUGGGCCUCAUCCUCGGGGCCUUCAUCAUCUGCUGGCUGCCGUUCUUCCUGAAAGAGCUCCUGGUGGGCCUGAAGGUGUUACAACCUUCUCAGCUUCUUUCAGACCUCCUGACAUGGUUGGGUUACAUCAACUCUCUCAUUAACCCGCUGCUGUACACCAGCUUCAAUGACGACUUCAAGCUGGCCUUUAAAAAGCUGCUCAGGAGAAAAGAGCACACAUAG